GUUCCACAGGGAUCUACAUACACAAAUCCAUCCCAAGCCCAUCGAUAAAAAAAUCUCGAUGCGCUUUCCUUGCAGGAAUAGAUUCGAGUACUCCGUAUCAAGGAACCGAAAACAAGAGCGCGCCCGCAUCAAGGAGGGAGUUCUAUCCGUCCAGCAUGGAGACCGAGUUCCAGGAUGGCAAGCAGGAGGUUAUUGAAGCAUGGUACAUGGAUGACAGUCAAGAGGACCAGAGGCUUCCUCAUCACCGUGAACCCAAAGAAUUCAUUCCUCUGGAGAAGCUUUCAGAACUAGGAAUCAUCAGCUGGCGCCUAAACCCUGAUAACUGGGAGAAAGAUGAGAACCUCAAGAAAAUCCGUGAAGCAAGAGGCUACUCUUACAUGGACAUUUGUGAUGUAUGCCCAGAGAAGCUGCCAAAUUAUGAGGCUAAGAUAAAGAAUUUCUUUGAAGAGCACCUGCAUACUGAUGAAGAGAUACGCUAUUGCCUUGAAGGGAGUGGAUACUUUGAUGUGAGGGAUGAAAAUGAUAAGUGGAUUCGCGUAGCAGUGAAGAAAGGAGGCAUGAUUGUUCUUCCUGCAGGGAUGUAUCACCGCUUCACAUUGGACACAGACAACUACAUCAAGGCAAUGCGGCUCUUUGUUGGUGAGCCUGUUUGGACACCGUACAACCGUCCCCAUGAUCAUCUGCCAGCGAGGCAGGAGUAUCUGGACAAGCUUGUCAAGGCAGAAGGUGUGAAUCAAGCUGUUGAAGCUCGCUGAGGCCAUUCUGAACCUACCUGUUAGGCUGUUCCAGUGUGUUCUAUGUACACCUUGAAUAAGAUGUUGUGUGUCCCUACUUAUGUAGUGCGUUCUGGUCAGUUUGAAGUGAACAUGUGAAACAUGAUUUCUCUCAACUGUGUGUAUCGGUUCAGCUGGCCUAUACCCCUACAUUAUAUUACUGUCCAUAUAUCUUGAAUAAAUAGAAACGGGUGCUUCAAUAGAUGAAGGUGCGCCAUGUUGAAAGAUGAUCAAAA